AUGAACAAGACUCCGCGGGCUACUCUUCUGCUGCUGCUUGUGCUCGCACUGAUCAGCGCGUCCGCACAUGGUGUGUCUAUUGUCACCGGACCCUCGGACAAGGUGGUGUGCGCCGAGCAGAACGUGCAUCUCAACCUGCUUGUCGGCGAGACUGGCGGCGAGACCAACUGCUGCACUGCGACUGUCGAGCGUGCCAUCAAGAACGACGACGAGUGGGUUGCCAUCCCGACCGUGAGCGCAACCACCACUGCUGUGGACGCCUCCUCCUCGAACGUUGCCAUCGAGCUUGCCCCGAGCCAAGUCAACGACGAGUUCACCUACCGCAUCACCAUCGAAACGCUCGACGGCGCCACUGUCACAUCCCAAGAGUUCUUCCUGGCCUUCUCUCUCCCGGCAGUGUUGCAAGCCCCCGAGACCAACGUUGCCGCCCAGAGCGCCAUUUCCGUCACGGCCCAGCUGACUCCUUUGCGUCAGGAGCCCGAACUCAGUGUCAUUCGCUUUACCAACUCUGGUCCAGGCUUUCUGCAAUUCCGCCAGUCCUCCAGCAGUGUCAGCGAUUUCGAGUACGAGGUGGUGGACAAUGUGAACGCAGACACCAUGUUUGAGAUUUUGCCCACGCUGACGCUCGACACGAGCACCAUUCUGCUGGUGGACCAAGCGGAUGCCGACCACUUUUUGGCAUGGCUCGACGCCUUCUUUGCCCAGUCGCUCCAGUACCUGAGCGACCCCAUCGGCGCCAGCUCUGUCGCCAUUGCCCUUCGUGACUUUAACGGCCUGUCGUUUACGUCCACCAGCACCUGGCUUGGCAUUUACACUGCCGCCCAGGCGCAAAUCCACGACGCCGGCGCCAUCGCGGACUUUGAAGCCGAGUUUGGCGGCCGCACCUUCACGUUGCUGUUUUCCGCGCCAACCAAAGUCGACGUGGUUGUGCGCAACUCGCAGGGCUCCUACCUUGGAUGGAUGACGUCUCCCCAAAGCCUGACGGCUCUCACGCAGAUUGAUGCCACCCAGUGCGCGCACAAGUGGUUCCUCGACAACUCGCGCCUGAAGGCCUCCUGCUCAUCAACUCGCGCUCUGUCGCACCUGCUGACCGCUCCGCUCCUGGGCACCGCUAUUCUGCCCACUUCCCAAAUCGCCAUCAUCUCGCAGUACACGACCAGCUCGCGCACCACCAGCGCCAUCACCGACAGCACGUACUCGAUCGGCUCGGGGGCUACCAGCUCGGCCGUCGGCGUGUGGUCGAGCCGUCGCUGCCAGCAGGUUGGCACAUCGCACCUGCAGUCGCUGCUCGAGUGCGCUGCCCAAGACGACAACCCGACCUACCGUCAGGUCCACAUCGAGCUCGGCGCCUUUGGCUUUGGCAUCAAGUACGUCACCGUCGACCUCACCCACUACCCGCUGCCGUACCCCGUCGAUGGCCCUUCUGCCGCCAUCCUCCCGCGCCAGUCCGGUCACUCGACCUCGACCAAGUCCCGCCUCGAGCUGUGGGUUGCCCUCGCGCCCUCUGGCACGUGGAUUGAUGUGACCGACUCUGUUACCGAAGAUUUCACCCGCGACUGCGUGAGUCGCGGCCAGCGCCAGCGCCCGUGCCGUGUCACGUUCGACGUGCUCGAGUACCUCCGCGCGAGCGACACCAUUCUCGGCAACCAGGCCAUCUCCGACCUGCGCCUCGUGUUUGACGGCAUUGAGCCCUCGUCGCUCGAUCUCGACGCCGCCUACCGCUACUUUGGCAUCUCCGAGGUGCAGGCGAUCGGCACCUGCAUCUGCAACGGCCAUUCGUCCACUUGCAACUACGCCACCGGCCAGUGCACGGGCUGCGAGCACCACACGCAAGACGACACCUGCGGUUCGUGCGACAACACGCACUGGGAAAACCGCCGCAACUCGCUGCCUGCCGAGGUGGUCAACUGCGAUCUCGCUGCUCCCGCCGUCGACAACGUGCUGGUCUGUGACGGUCCGGCCCUGGCCGACAUUGACGUGUCCGAACUCGAGUCGCUGUUCUUUGAAUCAGGCGGCCGCAGCGGUGUGAUUGUUCCCGGCGUUUCUGCGCGCGACCUGCCCUCUGCCAUCUUCUCCAAGUUCUUUGCCACUGGCGGCGCGUGCGUUCUCUGCAACUGCCACAACCACUCGCUUGCUGACGCCGGCCAGAAUGUCCGCGGCUGCGACGCGUCCACCGGCGUCUGCAACUGCGACCCGACCACCGAGACAACGGGCGACCACUGCGAGUCGUGCCAGGCCACUUGGUGCCGCUCCACCAGCCCAUGCAACAACACCCCCUUGUCGAGCAGCGAUCUGUACGCGUGCCGCCUGCAGUCGUGCAGCAACGAGCGCUGCGACUGCAACGGACACUCCACUUUGCCCCAGGUCGGCGGCUUUGAUCAGUGCGACGGCAACGGCUGCGGCUGCUCGUGCAACCCUGCCGACGGCGUCACUGGCCCCCACUGCGAGAGCUGUCUGCCUGGCCACUUUUCGAGCACUGGCGACGGUGUCGAUGGCGAGACAUGCGAGCCCUGCUUCUGCAAUGGCCACAAGGGCUCGCCCGAGACGUGCGACGUUUCUGGCGGCAACUGCGACCAGGCGGGCGACCCCUGCCAGGACAACACGACCGGCUUCAACUGCGAGCUCUGCCUCGACGGCUUCUACCGCCCGUUCCGCCCCGACGGCUCCAUCGACCCCACUGACGACUGCAUUCCCUGCGCUUGCAACGGCCACGGCGUCGGCCCCGCUCUGUGCAACCCCAAUGGCGGCGUGUGCGACUGCGACCCGGCCUCCAACUCUGAGGGCGAUCAGUGCCAGUCUUGCAUUGUUGGCUUCUGGAGUGCCACCGGCAACGCCGAGUCGGGCACCUCGUGCUCGGCGUGCGAGUGCAACGGCCACAAGGACUAUGUCUCGAACGAGUGCAACGCGCUUGGUGGCGACUGCAUGACUGACUUUUCUGGCGCUCCCCAGCCCUGCGACGGCAACACGAACGACUUCCACUGCCAAGGCUGCGUGGCCACCUUCUUCCGUCCUUGCACCGUUGGCGUGCCGACCGCUUGCUCUGCUGUCGACUACACGGACGACUGCUCGCCGUGCGACUGCAACGGCCAUUCCGUGUCGCCCAUCGGUGGGUUGGACACUUGCAACGCCGAAGGCGGUCUGUGCACCUGCACCAGCUCGAGUAACUCUGAGGGCGACAGCUGCGAAAACUGCAAACCCAACACUUGGAACGACUUUGGCAACUCUGAGGACGGCCGCGACUGCGCCCCGUGCGCCUGCUACGGCCACUCGGCCACCUGCAGCAACUUUGGCGUGUGCUCUGGCUGCCAAGGCAACACCGAGGGCAACAAUUGCGAGCAAUGCGUUGCUAGCAACAGCCGCGUCAAUCCUGCCGCAUUUGUUGGCUGGGACUUGCCGACGCCCGACCCGGCAGUGAUUACCACCAUGCGCGAGCAAGACUGCACCCCUUGCAACUGCAACGGACAUUCGCUCAACAAUCCCACCAUUGCGCCGGGUAUCUGCACGCCCGAGCUCGGCAUCUGCCUGAACUGCGGCGGCAACACGGCCAACGGCGCUGCCAACGAGUGCGACACUUGCGUUCCCGGCUUCUUCCGCCAGCUCACCAGCGCCGGGUUUGAUCCUGCCAGCGACACCUGCAACGCCUGCUCCUUGGUCGACGGCGACUGCACUUCGGACGCGCUCACCGACGCCUGUCGCCCGUGCUCUGAGCAAUGCUUUGGUGCCAACACCAUGUGCGGUGCCGACACUGGUAUCUGCCAAGAGUGCGCUCUGUCGCACGCCGAGAGCCACCGCUGCGCCUCGUGCCAGAACGGCUACUUUGGCAACCCUGCUGGCGGUAUUCCCUGCACCCCUUGCAAGUGCUACCACUCUGCGCCGAGCAAGUUUGACCUGCUGACCGAAACCGAGAUUGGCACCUUCCAGCAGUGUCUCUUUGACAACAGCCUUGGCGGCGUCAGUGGCGGAGCGCAGACGUGCAUUUUCGACCACAGCGUCAACCCUGACGACGCUGCUGCUGAUCCCCAGAGCGCCAUUCUGUGCAGCUGCCCUCGCUCCAUUCCCGGCGGCUUCUUCAACAUUAUUUCGUCGGGUGUCGUGUACGAGGGCCGCACGUGCGACUCGUGCAACCAGGACGCGUACUUUGGCCAGCCCACGCAAUGCCUCACCCCUGGUGUUGGCGGCAGCGGUCUUGGCGACUGCUUGUCGUUCGACACUUGCAACGAGUGCAUUUGCAACGGCAACAUUGACGAGUCGAGCAUGAUGGACAACUGCGACUACUCUGCGGGCAACCCCAGCAACCUGAUCUGCGAGGCCUGCCUCGGUCAUUCGACCGGUCCCAACUGCGAGGUCUGCGAGGUUGGCUACUAUGGCGACCCGACCCGUCUUGACACUCCCGGCACCAUCGGCACGGGCUUUAUUCUCGAUGCCUCUGGCGAGUCGCUCAAGUGCUUCCAGUGCGACUGCAAUGGCCACUCGAUUGCACGUGUCGUCCCUGGCACCGAGGGUGACGUCCACAACGAUACCUGCACCACGGUUGCUCCUGGCUUUGUUGGCAACUACACUUGCGACUGCGACUCUGCCAACGGCUACACUGGCCCGACCUGCCGCGAGUGUCUGCUUGGCUACGAGCAAAUCGCCCUCGGCGGCAACCUCUUCCGCUGCGAUCCGUGUGACAACUGCACCCGCGACGCCGCUGCCAUCAUCUACGGUCUUAUUGCAGAUUACCAACACACCAUGUCUCUGUCGCAGUCGGUGGCCGCAUCGACAGCCGCGAUUGCCGCAGAGAUUACCGCCAUCAAGGACUCGCUUGGCCUCGCUCGUCGCGAUGCUGACGCUGUUGCAGGAAAAGCAGCCACCAUCAUUGCAUUCCUGCCCACCGUUCAGCCUCUGGCCUCAGACGAUAAGGCCCGCUCCCAGCAAUUGAAUGACCUGCUUGAGGCCUUUGACGACCAGACCGCCCAGCAAGCCACCGAGCUGACUGCCCAGCUUGCCGGUCUGCUCGAGGAUGCCAGCCAAGUUGGAAACAUGCUUGAAUCCCCCGUUGUCGACCGUCUUCAUGACGCCACGUCCACACUUGCCAACCUGCUUGCCCGCAACACGGCCAACCGCGAUCAGCUUGUCACUUUGGAGACAUCCCUCGAAAGCACCAUGACGGCCUUUGCCAGCUCUUCCAACUGGCUGUCCACACAUCUCCAGUUUGCAGUCGAUGGUCGCGAAGAGCUGGAUGCCGCAGCUGAAGGCCUCAAGUAUGAUCGCGCGGAAAUGGAAGAUUCGGUGGCAAAGCCCCUCAACAAGCUGACUUUGGUCUGGGAGUCUGUUGCUGCUGCCCUGGAGGCUCAAAGCUCGGCCGACUUGAUGGCUCUUGUUGAGCGCGCGGGCACCGAUGCUCUUCGCCGCCUUGAUGCGCUCGCCGCCCGAGUCUCCAAACUCGGCUCGCUCACCAACCAGGACAAGGUGCUGCUGUCCACUAAUCGCGACACUUUGGCCGAACUGUCGGCUCGUGCCACGCUCUUGGAGGCCGAUCUGGCCAACAAGGAGCUGGAGCAGUCCCAUGCCAUCAUUGUCAUCGCGCUCGGUGGUAUUGACCAGGCUGUCCGCCAGUUUGCUGAGCAAGCCGGGUUGGCGGAAGACCACCUCAUGGCAUCGUUGCGCGACCUCGACCCGGCAAAGGCCCCGCAUGUGACUGAGCUGGUUGAGCGAAUUUCGACCGAUCUCGAGCAGCACCGAACCGAACUCGUCGAUUCGUCAGCUGCCAUGAUUCAAGAGCUUCGCGCCGCAUCGGCUGCCGCGUUUGCCACCGCCCAGACCAACUUGGCAACCGUCCAGAGCCAGAACGCGCGCCUCAUGGUGCUGCAAAGCAUGCUCGAGUUGAUUGACAAGGCUGCGCACAAGGCUCUGAGCCGCGUCUCCGACCUCCUCGCAGGCUCGCGCAUUUCCACCUUCACUGCCGCCGUGCAGGCUGGUACCGAGUCUGCCCUGUCUCCACUCGAGCGUCAAACAUUCAACGAACACGGCAACAAGCUGAUGGCAACCGCCGCAACCACGCUGACCCUGUCGCGCGAGAUUCUCGACAACUUUUACGAGCGCCAUCGCGCCAUGCUUGUCCAAUUCGGUGCCAUGCUCAACGCCAACCCCGUUCAGGUUGAUCGCCGUCAAGUUCAGUUUGACAUGAGCGCUUUCGCAUCUGUGCGCGAGGAACUUGGCCAAACCGCCAAAGUGGUUGCCGUCGAGUCCAGUGAUGCAUUGCACGAGCUUCAAACGGCCAUCACAUCGCGCGCCGGUGCAUUGGCAUCCAUGCUGCAAUCUGUCAACGUCGAGCUGAGCCGCACCUUCUCGUCCAUUCGCGCACAAACGUUCAAGGAGCUCACUGCAAUUUCCGCGACCGUGGACAGCCUCCCAAGUGCCGUUGCCAUGGUCGCGCGUGGCGUGGAAGACGAGCUGGCCGCGUUCGCUGACGAGAGCGAGCGGCAGUUUGCUGUGCUGCCCGACGUCGAAGCCGACGCUGUGGCAUUGUUUGUGGCCGCAUUCCGCGCUGAGGUUGGCGUGAUUCGUGAGCGUCUCACGGAAACCAACCUGCUCGUGUCGGCCAUCGAACAGGCCAUCCAAGUCCAAGCAGACAUUCUGGAUGGCGCGCACCGCACCAGCCAGGCCACUCUGCAGGAUCUUCGAAACAUGGACGCCAAUGUCCGAGAAUUCCUGUCCCUGCCCCCAGAAGCGUCCUUGACCACGUUGAACUCUGCGACUGGCUUGCGGAGCUUCCGCAUGACCGCGUCCAGUGCCUCGGGCCGCGCCGAUCUAUCCGCUCAAUCGUAUAUUGAGUUCCUCCGCCAAACCGUGUCCAAUACUCAAUGUAUCUUGCGGUAA